AUGACUAAGAAAAUGAAGAGUUUGGAACAGAGUAUAAGAGAUAUUCAAGGACUAGGAGGCCACAAAGGCAUCUCGUUCAGUGACUUGUGUAUGUUUCCUCACGUCCAUUUGCCUGCUGGUUUUAAAACUCCAAAGUUUGAAAAAUACGAUGGUCAUAGAGACCCCAUAGCUCAUUUAAAGAGAUAUUGCAACCAAUUGAGGGGUGCAGAGGGCAAAGAAGAGUUACUUAUGGCCUAUUUUGGGGAAAGCUUAGUAGGGAUUGCAUCUGAAUGGUUCAUAGAUCAGGAUAUCACCAACUGGAACACAUGGGAUGAUUUGGCUCGAUGUAUUGUACAGCAAUUCCAAUAUAAUAUUGACAUUGUUCCAGAUCGCUCCUCGUUAGCCAACAUGAGGAAAAAGACCACGGAAAAUUUUCGUGAAUAUGCUAUCAGAUGGAGGGAACAAGCUGCUAGGGUUAAACCACCGAUGAAGGAGUCAGAGAUGAUUGACGUUUUUCUCCAGGCGCAAGAACCUGAUUACUUUCACUAUCUGCUUUCUGCCGUCGGGAAGACAUUCGCUGAAGUUAUUAAGGUAGGGGAAAUGGUGGAAAAUGGCAUCAUGUCUGGAAAGAUUGUAAGUCAAGCUGCCUUAAAAGCCACAACACAAGUGCUUCAAAAUAGUUCUGGAAAUAUUGGAGGGAAGAAGAGAAGGAAGGAUGUGGCCACUAUUGUAUCAGCGCCUAGGACUCAUGUCCAAGGUAAUUCCCCACAACACUAUUUUCCUUCCCAAGCUCCACAAUAUUCUGUCCCAUACACUCCAUAUCAUGUUUUUAAUGCACAACCAAUUGCACCCCCUUCUUAUCCACAAUGGCGUGCACCAACUCCACAAUAUCAUCCACCACCCCCACAAGUUCAUCAAAAUACUGCUAGAAUUCCUUUCUGUCCUAGACCACAAUACAAAAAGGAAAAUGGCGUUAAAGAUGAGUUCACUCAUAUUGGGGAGUCGUAUGCUAGCUUGUUCCAAAAAUUAUGGACGUUGAAUGUUUUGAGUCCUAUUGAGAGAAAGAUGUUGAAUCCUCCCCGGAGAAAUUUGGAUUAUUCUCAACAUUGCACAUAUUGUUCUAAUGCCCCAGGGCACAAUAUAGAGAGAUGUUGGUAUUUGAAAAGGGUCAUUCAGGAUUUGAUCGAUUCUAAUCGAAUUAUAGUUGAAAGUCCGAGUGGACCCAACAUCAAUCAAAAUCCAUUGCCGAGGCAUACUGAAACAAACAUGCUAGAAACGAUGAAGGGUCAUGAAGAGUUUGCAUCUCCGUAUAAGCCAAUCCUUAGGGUUGGAACUGGCAUUGAGAAGUCGGCGAAUGUUGUUGAUUUAACAAAAAUGAUGCCUUUAGGGGCGGAAAGUAGGUUAGAAAAGUUGAGUCCAUCAAACACACCCAUCUUAACUGUGAAAGGAGCCAUUGAAGAUGUUUGGGCAAGUUCGAGUAAGGCAAAAUCGUUUGUUCCAAAAAAGCUAAACAAGCCUAUCUUUAUCGUGCAAGGGGCCCAUAUUCCUCCUGUGAUUAUUAGGCCAGUAUCCCAGCUCCCAAUGACUAACCCCAAAGUUGUUCCUUGGAAUUAUGAGUCUACUGUUGUGACAUACAAGGGAAAAGAAAUUGAUGAAGAAAUAGAUGAAGUAGGAGGAAUAACCCGUUCAGGAAGAUGUUAUAUCCCGAUGGAAUUGAGGAAAACUAAAAAUGACCAAAUACAAAUAAAGAGUCCGGUCACUGAAGGAGAGGCAGAGGAAUUCCUAAGGAAGAUGAAACUAUCAGACUACUCCGUGGUGGAACAAUUAAGAAAAACUCCAGCCCAAAUCUCUUUGUUGUCUUUGAUAAUACAUUCUGAUGAACAUCGUAAGGCUGUAAUGAAAAUUUUGAAUGAAGCACAUGUUCCUAGUAAAGUUAUAGUGAGUCAGUUAGAGAAGAUUGCUGGGAGAAUAUUUGAGGUAAAUCGCAUCACCUUUUCAGAUGAUGAACUACCCAAAGAAGAUGUCAUUGGUGAGAUAGAGCUCGUAUCAACCAUAGGGCCUGUGGAUUUCGCUGUGAAUUUUCAAGUGUUGGAUAUCAACGCGUCCUACAAUCAAUUGUUGGGGAGGCCAUGGGUGCAUAGGGCUGGAGCAGUCCCCUCAACGUUGCAUCAAAUGAUUAAGUUUGAAUACGACCGACAAGAAGUGAUUGUUCAUGGUGAGGGGGAUUUGUCAAUCUACAAAGACUCUUCCUCCCCUUUUAUCAAGGCGAAUAAUGAGAAUGAGGCACUGGUUUAUCAAGCUUUUGAGGUAGUGGUUAUUGAGCAUGUCCCCGAGGGGAGUGUCAUUUCAAAACCAAUGAUGCCCAUCGCGUCUGUAAUGGUGAUGAAUGAAUUGCUGAAACAUGGGUUUGAUCCGGGUAAAGGCUUAGGAAUCUGCUUGCAAGGGAGAACUUAUCCAGUGAGUCUACGAAAGAGCAUCGGUACUUUUGGCUUAGGCUACCAACCUAGAGUCGAGGACAAAAUGAAGGCAAAGAAGCAGAAGAGAGAUGUAUAG